AAUGACUAAAUUAUCAAAUAUUGCCAGACAUCAACUUUUGUUAUUUAUGGACAUAAUUUCAUUUUAUCACCUAAAAAUUACAUUUUGGCAAUAACAUAUAUAAUAUAGAAUUUAUAAAAAAAUCUAUUAGUCACUCCUUAUCAACUUUCAUCAAUAGGUUAGAUUUUUGGAAUAUAGAUCAAGAAUAGUAAGGAUUUAUUAUCAAUUAUAUAGAGACCCAUAUGAAUUUUAGGCAAUGUCUUUAUUAUCUUUAUUAAAAAGUAUUUUGAUAAAUUUGAUAGAGUAGGCUUGACAUUGAAUAAGAAUCUAGAAUGA